AUGGAGUGGGCGAUGAGGACUGCCAUGGUGACUGGUGAGAACACCCUUCAGGGCAUCCUUCGCUCGUUUCCGCCCCCAGGAGUGCAGCCAGAAGUCUCCUUGGGGCUUGUCCUGCAACCGGAUGCUUCAUGUGAGGUGCAGGCAGAGCAAGGUGAAACCAACUUCCUCGACAAUCCAGGGAGCCAUGGGCAUCCUCUCCUAUGCCGCAAGCCAUGCGUCUACAUCUUGAAGAACGCAAUGAGCCACGUGGGCCACAUGGGUUCCUCUUGCAAGUUCUGUCACUACACGGACCAUGGGAACCACUCCAAGCCAGAUCGCAGCCAGCGCUCCGUCCUCCAACGGUUGACGCCCGGGCAGCUCGUGGGGUUCAUGAUUCCCCACCUCCGGCGGAAGCUGGGAGAGGUGGCUCAGACAGAGGCCGCGAUCGAGCUGCUGGAGUUGAUGGAGGCGAGGAUACAGGAGCCUCCAAUACUUUUGCGCCGCAAGGAGCGCCAACACCUCGAGCGCGGUUUGCGCAAUUUGACCAUUGCUUCGAUGAUCAGCCACCUUGGAUUUCCAGAGGCGGACGAAAGCUUCGAGCACCUACGAUUGGAAGUGAGGCUGAUGGCACCUCUGCAUCACGAUGUUCGUGGGGUUUGCAGAUCAGGCCCAACACAUCCUGAAGCCCUAUAUAGAUUGUAA